AAGCAAGUCCAGCCCUCCCUGCCCUGCCCUACCCUCUCCUCUCCUGGAAUGGAGCCGCUUGUUUCGGGGAACUAAAGCCAAGUUGGCUCCGCGCGCGCGGAUUGGCUGUCCCGUUUCAGCACGGCUCGCUUCUUUCUCUGCAUUAUUCCCCACAAGACAAAAUGUGGCUCUCCCAGCGAUGCGUCAAAGCGGCCUGCGCGUUGACAGUUGGCCGGAGGUGCAAGAGUCACGCAGCGUCGGCGUUCAUGCCGGAGGCUGCGGGCUUCCAGGGCGUGCGGGACCGCGCGGGGCUCCAGGAGUUCUCCGUCGCUCACAAGGAGAGCUUCUGGGCGGCUGUGGCGCGCCGCCGGCUCGACUGGAUCAGCCCGUUCCACGGCGUCCUCGAGUACGACAUGGAGCGGGGCAAAGUCAGCUGGUUCCAGGGAGGACAACUCAACGUCUCCGUGAAUUGCCUGGACCGCCAUGUACGCAGCAGCCCGGAGAAGGUGGCCCUCAUCUGGGAGAGGGAUGAACCCGGAUCAGAAGUCAGGGUGACCUACAGGCAGCUCCUGGAGAUGACCUGCCAGGCGGGCAACCUGUUGAGGCGGCGCGGCGUCAAGAAGGGCGACUGCGUCACCAUCUACAUGCCGCCGUGCCCGCUGGCCGUGGCCUCCAUGCUGGCCUGCGCUCGUGUGGGGGCGGCGCACAACGUGGUGUUUGCGGGCUUCAGCGCGGAGGCUCUCGCUGAGCGAAUCCGAGAUGCCCAAUCCAGUACGGUGAUCACCGUCAAUGAGAGCGUGAGAGGGGGCAAGGUGACCCCCCUGAAGGCCACAGUGGACCAGGCGGUGCGCAGCUGCCCGACGGUGCGCCAGGUGUUUGUCGCCAGGAGGACCGAGACGCCGGUCGCCAUGACGUCCAAGGACGUGGCCAUGGAGGAGGAGAUGAUGUCGGAGGAGGUGGUCUGCGAGCCGGCCGCCAUGGACAGCGAGGACGUCCUGUUCCUGCUCUACACGUCGGGCAGCACCGGGAAGCCCAAAGGCCUGGUCCACACGCAGGCCGGAUACCUGCUGUACGCCUCGCUCACGCACAAGUACGUCUUCGACUACCACGACGGAGACGUGUUUGGUUGCGUGGCGGACAUCGGCUGGAUCACGGGACACAGUUACGCCGUGUACGGACCCCUGGCCAACGGGGGCACCACCGUGCUUUUUGAAAGCACGCCCCUUUAUCCCCACCCAGGAAGGUACUGGGAGAUGGUGGAGAGAUUGAAAAUCAACCAGUUUUACAGCGCCCCCACCGCCAUCCGCCUGCUGCUCAAGUACGGCGACCAGUGGGUGCGCAAGUACGAGCGCUCCAGUCUCAGGACGCUCGGAUCCGUGGGCGAGCCCAUCAACACAGAGGCGUGGGAGUGGUACCACCACGUGGUGGGAGAGGGACGCUGCCCCGUGGUGGACACCUGGUGGCAAACGGAGACAGGCGGCAUCUGCAUCGCCCCGAGGCCGUCAGAGCCACACGCAGAGAUUGUCCCGGGGAUGGCCAUGAGACCUUUCUUCGGCAUUAAGCCGGUGCUCAUGGAUGGCGAGGGCCGAGCGGUGACGUCCACCGAUGCCUCGGGCGCGCUGUGCCUCUCUCAGCCUUGGCCCGGCAUGGCCCGCAGCAUCCACAACGACCACCAGAGAUUCAUCGACACCUACUUCAAGACCUACCCCGGCUACUUCUUCACUGGGGACGGCGCCCAUCGCUCCAAGGAGGGCUACUACCAGAUCACGGGGCGCCUGGACGAUGUCAUCAACGUCAGCGGGCACAGGAUCGGCACGGCCGAGAUCGAAGAUGUGGUGAACCAAUGCUCCGCCGUGGCCGAGUCGGCAGUCAUCGGCUGCUCGCAUCCCAUCAAAGGCCAAGGCGUCUACGCUUUUGUGGUCCUCAAGCAGGAGGCCCAAGAAGCGGACCUGGCCUCGCAGAUCAACAACACCGUCUCCGACAAGAUCGCCAAGUACGCUUGUCCUGAUCACAUCCAGUUUGUCCAGCGCCUCCCAAAGACCCGCUCGGGCAAAAUCAUGCGUCGGGUUCUGCGCAAGGUGGUGGAGCGAGACCUGGGCGGCCUGGGCGACCUCAGCACACUGGACGAUCCCACUGCCGUGCAGGAGAUCAUCCAAGGUCAUCGUGACCUCUUUGCAGAACAGCAGGAGCAGCCAUGAAGACUCAAGGUGGACAUUUUUAAAGGGACUCCGAUUUUUAGUAACUUGUUUUAAUUGUUCAUGGAAUCAGUAGAUGGCCACCAUAAAAAAGCAACU